GUACACCACCCCGCACGCUGUCUGGAGGGUCGCAGGGGCUGUUUGUGGACAACGUCGAGAUAGUUGGAAGGUUAAGACCAGGAACCCGAUAGAUCUCACUCCAGCGGUUGCCGUGUGGAGCUCAAUUCCUUGAGGCGUGACUGGCUGCCGCCUUUUUAUGUUAUUGUUGAAGAAUACCUGGACGGCGGCGGUGAACGUUCGGGAUUUUUCGUGAACCACUUGGUGGCGAAUGAGAAAGCUAAAAAGCUUAGGUGUAUCUUUGAUAUAGUGAAGGUACCAUUGAAUAGCUAGACGUUUGGGUGAACACAUUUCCAAACAGGAUAUUCUGUCGGAGCGCGUCGCCCCUCGCCGCAGUAGCGCCGCCGACGCCGCCGGCCUGAGCUCGCCAUGGGGCUCCGCUUUGCCGUGGUGUGCUCGAGCAACAUGAACCGCAGCAUGGAGGCCCACGCCUACCUGAGCAAGAAGAGCUUUACGGUGCAGUCGUUCGGCACCGGUGACAAGGUGAAGCUGCCUGGCUCGGCGCCCAACAAGCCCAACGUGUACGACUUCGGCACGUCCUACGAGUCCAUCUACCAGGACCUGCAGGACAAGGACCGCACGUUGUACACGCAGAACGGUCUGCUGCACAUGCUGGACCGCAACCGACGCAUCAAGGCCGGCCCGCAGCGGCUGCAGGAGUGCCCCGACAAAUUUGACGUGGUGGUCAGCUGCGAGGAGCGAGUCUACGACCAGAUCUUGGAGAUGUUCGAGAGUCGCGAGCCGACCGAGAACACGCCCGUGCACAUCAUCAACAUCGACAUCCAGGACAACCACGAGGAGGCCACGAUCGGAGCGUUCCUCAUCUGCGAUCUCUGCACGCAGCUGGAGGAGUCGCAGGAUUUGGAGGACGACAUCGAUGAGCUACUGCAGGAAUUCGAGUCCAAGGCCAACCGGCAAAUACUGCACUGCGUCCAGUUCUAUUGAUGUCCGUCUGUCCUCUCGCGUGGUCCCGCCAGCGUACACUGGCUGGUCAAGUGUCACUAAAACUGAUCUGUUGACGAGAACCCUGGAUAAUUGAGAUAGGCCGGCUGUGGUGUGACGCGGACUCGCGCGUCACUUGUGGUGCCCUCUGAAGUUAUUUUUGUGUUGUGGUAGGCUUGGCAAGCCUAAUUUCCGGCUCCGGGCGAUAGAUGGCACGACCGGCUCUUGACGCGUGGCGGUUGCGUCCUGAUCGCAAACUGCGGGCGUGUUUUACGCCUUGUGACCGUUUGGUACGUCCGCAAUGGAAGCGUGACAUGCUGUUUGUUGGAGUCGGCUGUACUGUAUAUGAAUGAUGUCGGAUGCUAGUAUCCACAUCCGGACUGAUUCACCAUGUCACGUCGCGAGUUACGGCCCCGUAACCCAACACCGGCCUUUGUUGGCGAAUGGAUUCGUAAUACACGUCUCCCUCUGGA